AUGUCAAACUCUUCAAGCCUUAGGUCAACCGAUAUCCCCCAUCUUCCAGAAAUCCUGGUCCACAUUGGAUUUAUGUUAACCCCGCCCGACCUACUCAGCUGCGUUCAAGUCUGCCGACUCUGGAACGACAUCUUUGUCUUGCCCCUCUACCACACUCUCGACGACUCCAAGUACUCGUGGCCGAUCAUCAUGAGCGAGUACGAUUCCGAGGACGCCGUGGGGAAGAAGGACGAGGAAUGGAUCAGGAAAGUGUUUGACAAACAUGGCCACCUUGUUCGCCACUUUUCGGUAUCGUGGACCCUGCUGAUCGACUGCGCCUUCGACACUGGGACGUUUACACAGCUUCACUCCAUCUCGACGUCGUUUAUUGGGGUGAGGCAGUCUAGGCGAAAGCAGAUCGAGUUUCAGCACAGGAUGAGCCUGGUUAAUGAUGGGCAUGGACUGCCGUUUGUGUCGGGCUGCGCGGAAGUUGCUCGGAGGGUCUUGUUGUCUCCACUUUUUACAGAUGCACUCACACCAAAAUCUGCCGGGCGGAGCACAGUGCGCGAGCAGGAGCAGAACUGGGAGACUAUUCAAAAGCUCUUAUUGCUGGUAACUCACAACCCUGGAUUGAAACGACUUCAGUUGGACCAAUCCCUCAAGAACCUUGCCGGCAUUAAGGACAUUUCGUGUAUCUACCAGAUCUUGAGGACGCUACCUGAGCUGGCCACCUUCGAGAGCGACUUUCUUGCCGUCGAUUUCGGUCGCGUUCUGGACUUUGCCCCAAAACUGCACACCUGCAACUUUGCAGUAACAAUCAACAGCAGUAAUUUUCUCUUGACGACACCAUAUCUUCAACUGCAGUCAUUGAAUGUGGACAGCUACAUGGAGAGCCGCACUUUCUUCACACUUUUGAACAACCUUCCUCGUCUCGGCCGCCUCAGCUUUCAUGGAUUCAGCAACCGCUCGGAAUUUUGUGUGGUUAGUCCCAGGAUUCUCAACAACAUCCCGAGUAGACUACGUGUCCUUCGAUUCCACCACCAAACCAACACCAAAGACCAACAUAUUGCCGACCACGUCUUGCCAUGGCUACCGCAUCUGACCGAGUUCCGCAUCAACAUACUCACAACCACCAUCGCAUGGGCUCUUGUUCACCACUGUCCUAUGCUCGAGAUCUUUGAGGCCACCAAUGGAGAGUCGCUUCACGAGGAGUACAUAAACCGACCGCUGCUCGAGAUGGGCACUGCGAGCAUUCUCUUUUCGGGCUGCCCUCGCCUCAAGGUCUUUGAUGGGAUCCAUCAUGAAAUCGACGCGGAGAAAAUGAUCACGCUCCCAAUCGUCUGCGAGGAGUUAGUGGUUUUUCGUUGCCAGAUCCGAGGAGUACCAAGACUGACAUCUACCGAACAGAGAUCCAUCAGGACUCAGGAGACGGGCAGUUCGACUUUGAAGGACGAACAGGAAGCAGAAGAAGCCGCCCAAAGGGAUUACGACUAUGGAAGUCCAUUCGCCGAUACCUUGGAGCUGUCUCUUGAUUUUGGUCUGGACCGCCUUGGAGUGCUGACUGACUUGGAGGUGUUUGGGUUCGAGAGUUUGGAUCACAGGAUCGGAAGAGUUGGAAAACUGAAGGCCGCAGUAGGUAUAGCACCGCCACAUCCUGUGAUCAUUUAUCCCCCUAUUUUUCAUGCUUUCAACUCUUUUCUCAACAACUCUCUGAUGAUGCCCGAAAUCCUGCAAGCCAUCGCCAUCCAUCUAGACCCUCCAGACCUCCUCACCUGCAUCCAAGUCUGCAACCUCUGGCACAAGACCCUCCUCCCAGCCCUAUGGCACACUAUCGACGACCGCAAGUACGCUUGGCCCACCAUCCUGUCUCUCUACGACUCGGAAGACUCUCUCGGGGAACAGGAUGAAACCUGGCUGCGAGAUAUCUUUUCAAAGCAUGGAUAUCUGAUUCGACACCUCAUUGUCACCUGGAAGAUCCUGGUCGAUAUCUCCAGCGACAGCAGUAGUUGCUGUAACAACGUCCAGGUCCUGUCGACGUUUGAUGUCAGCGAUAACAUCACCGAGGAGGAAGAGCGGGAGCAAAGGUGGUAUAGUAACCAAAUUAUGGGUCAAACCGCGACAAGAUACCGACCCGGGAAUCCGACCGCCCAGACAGGGAAGACCUUGCUGCCUCUGUUCGAAGGGAUGCUGGCACCCUUGAAGGCCAACGACCGUACACCCGAUCAGCAGAAGAGAGACUUGGAGACUGUGCAGCGGUUCUGGAUGCUAGUGCGACAAAACCUCGGUCUGAGGAGUCUGCGACUGGACGGAGGGCUCAAUCGCCUAUGUGUUAUCAAAGACCCACAGUUUAUCUAUGAGAUCUUGGGACCCUUGCUACAAUUCUGUGAACUUGAGAAUAAUGUGGUCGUUCUUGACCGACAGCGACUUUUGGAUUUGCUUCCAGGAUUGCAAACAUACCGAACAAAUUUCUCUGAAUGA